UUGAUUUCCGAGUUCUUUUCAUCAUUUUUCGGUUGCUAGUCUCGCUGUUUUUGAUGACAAACAACCAUUAGAUAUUUAGAAUGCUUUUAGGAAUGUUUUAUGUUCCAGAUUGUUUUUGGAAUUAGUAUUACUAGCGUUCUUAGGUAGCUUAGAAGUAUUACGAAUCAUAUUUUCCUAGCUGUUUUAGUAUUAUUCUAGCCAUUGUUGUCUGAGAAAAGGCAGACUUGAUUGAUGAAGAUUAUAAGCUUCCUAAAACUCCCUGUUCUCAAUUCUCUCCUUUCUCCCUAUUCUCUUCUCAACCCUCUACCUGUUAUUCUUUCUUUUCUACAUCCUAAUUCACUGAUCACCAACUCCUACAUCACUUUUAUUUUCGUCUAAAAUGCCGGAGAUUCAGUUGUGUUCUCACACCGUAAGGUCUCAUGGAGUUCAAGUGGCGAGGUUUCAUAUGCAUGAUUGGCUUAUGCUGGUGGUUCUUGCGGCCAUAUAUCUUGGUCUGAACUUGAUAGAGCCUUUUCACCGCUUUGUUGGAGAGGAUAUGAUGACAGACCUGAAAUACCCAUUGAAAGGCAAUACAGUUCCCUUCUGGGGUGUUCCGAUAAUUGCAAUACUGUUACCGCUUGCCAUCAUUGUUGUCUACUACUUCAUCAGAAGGGAUGUCUAUGAUCUGCACCAUGCCAUUUUAGGCCUUCUGUUUUCUGUCUUUAUAACCGCUGUUUUAACUGAAGCAAUCAAAGAUGGUGUUGGACGACCUCGUCCAGACUUUUUUUGGCGUUGUUUCCCUGAUGGAAAAGGGGUGUUUGAUCCUGUCACAAAGAAUGUCAUGUGUACUGGAGAGAAGAGUGUCAUUAAGGAAGGACACAAAAGCUUCCCAAGCGGGCAUGCUUCAGGGUCCUUCGCAGGUCUUACUUUCAUUGCAUGGUACUUGUCAGGGAAAGUGAGGGUGUUUGAUCGCAAGGGGCAUGUUGCAAAACUCUGUAUUGUCUUUUCUCCAUUACUUCUUGCAGCACUGGUAGCAGUUUCUCGAGUUGAUGACUACUGGCAUCACUGGCAAGAUGUUUUUGCUGGAGGUCUUCUAGGAGCCAUUGUUUCUUCAUUUUGUUACUUGCAAUUCUUUCCACCACCAUAUGAUACUGAUGGUUGGGGACCUCAUGCGUACUUCCAGAUGCUGGCAGACUCUGGAAAUGCUCAGCCACCGUCCACUAACGCAAGUAAUCUUAAUGUGCAGCAAGCAGAACUGGAGAGUGUAUAUAGCCAUCAUCAUCAGGUUGUUGAAGCAUCACAAACCAGUAGUGGAGACACAAACCCAUGCUAAAUGGUGGGAGAAUACACUAGCACUAGGCUGUGAGUAUGCUGCAACUGCAGAAAGUAGUAAAGAGUUAGUGACCAGAUAGAUGUUCAUACUCUAGGAUCCGCGGAUGCUUGAAUUUCACUACAGAUUCUGAAAUGAGUGAAAUCUAUAAUCCAUACCAUAUGUAGACCAUUUUUUUCUUCAUCUGGGACCAUCCCUUUUUUUGCUUAAGUUUGAUUAAUUGAUUUGUUUUAGGAUUUUUCUUGAUGUUCAUAUUACAUUGCUUCUA